AUGUUAACUUCUAGGGUAUCCGGGCCCGACAAUCUUCACGUUGGAGGGAUUUGGGUUCUGAAUAUCGAGGGACACCGUAAUCAGCUUUACGAACAGAAUAUCACCCAUGUGCUCUCCGUUAUCAAGUUCUCAUUUGAUAAAUGGGGUGAGGAAGGAAAGCGCUUUAAGCAUAUGAGCAUCGACAUUGAUGAUGACGAGGACUCGGAUCUACUGGUUCAUCUCUCGUCCGCUGUACGCUUCAUCCGCGACGGACUCCAUCCGCCUGUCAGUGGUACCAACACAGAUGUAUCUGCAGAGUCCAAAGAUGACAGUAAGACCCCAGGCGGAGUGUUCGUACACUGUGCGAUGGGCAUAUCGCGUUCCGUAAGCUGUGUUAUUGCCUAUCUCCUUUACCAGUACCCUCACCGCUUCUGCGGCAAGCAAUUUACUCCUUCAACUGCUUCGGCAGCCCAGCGGCGGCAAACCUCCAAGGAGGCCGUAGAGAGAGCUUUGGAGUGGGUUCGUCAGACUCGUGACCGCGCCGGCCCCAAUGCUGGGUUUAUGCGCCAGCUCGAACUAUGGUGGGAGAUGGGAUGUCCGGCCGAUGAUGACAGUGCUGUGGAGCGUCACCCCAUAUAUCAGAAAUGGCUGUACGAGAGGAUGUUGAAGGAAUCUAGGGAUGUACAUCAAGCUCCAGAGGCCGAACGCAUCCGGUUCGAGGAUGAAGUGGAUCUAGGGAGCGACGAUAAUGAAACCGGCGCAAACGAGAAAGGUGGUAAGGAGAUCCGCUGUAAGAAGUGUAGGCGUAUUCUCGUCACGCCGAAGUUCGUCGUAUCCCACGGCCCUACUACUGGGCGACCGGAACCUUCAAAUUGUGCCCAUGUUUUCGUCGAGACGCUUUCCUGGAUGCGACCAGCGCUAGAAGACGGUGCACUGGAGGGGCGUCUCUCUUGUCCUAACGCCAAGUGUGGCGCCACGGUUGGUCGUUUUGCCUGGCAAGGCUUGAAAUGCAGCUGCAGCGAAUGGGUUGUCCCGGCAUUCUCGCUUAACCGGAGCCGCGUUGACGAGGUGGCUCCCCGAGGCGCAGGUGCGCCUGCGAUCCGGCAGCCACCUGGACGAAACGGGAACUUAUGA